CGGUGAACUCAGUGACUGGAGAGAAAGUGGCUAUUAAGAAGAUUGGUAAUGCUUUCGACAAUAUUAUUGAUGCUAAGAGAGCUCUACGUGAGAUCAAGCUUCUCAGGCAUAUGGAUCAUGAGAACGUCACAGCCAUCAAGGAUAUUGUAAGACCACCGCAAAGAGAUAUAUUCAACGAUGUCUACAUUGUCUAUGAGUUAAUGGACACUGAUCUCCAACGUGUCCUCCGUUCUAACCAAACCUUAAGCCAUGAUCAGUGUCGCUUCUUUGUGUACCAGCUCUUAAGAGGGCUCAAGUACGUGCACUUGGCCAACAUAUUACAUCGUGAUCUAAGGCCAAGCAACGUGCUGCUUAACUCCAAACACGAGCUAAAGAUUGGUGAUUUUGGGCUUGCGAGAACAACUUCAGACACGGACUUCAUGACUGAAUACGUCGUUACGCGUUGGUACAGAGCUCCUGAGUUGCUUCUUAACUGCUCAGAGUACACCGCAGCUAUAGAUAUUUGGUCAGUGGGUUGUAUACUGGGCGAAAUCAUGACGGGUCAGCCUUUGUUUCCUGGCAAAGACUAUGUUCAUCAGCUUAGGCUUAUCACAGAGGUAAACAAAACAAACAUCAGUUUGUCAUCGGUUCUCCUCAAACCAAAGCAAAUCAUCAAUGCUCUUACUAAGCUACCCAAAGCUUCAUCAAGUUGUCAAAUCCAUUUCUUUUGAUUACCCUCUUAUAAAUCGUUAGCAUGCUUAAUGUUUUUUUUGGAUGAUAAACUCUAUUAGGAUAAUCAAAAUAUUAUACUUUGCUAUUUAUUUGAGGGGAGCUUUAGGUAUGAGUUAUAUGUCAGAUAUUAAAAGUCAG